AUGCCCGAGCCGGUGAUCGAAAAGUCAGGUGUGGCGCAAGCCGAGUGCUUUGACAAUAUACCAAGCCUCAAGACUGAGAUCCCCCAUGUUGACGUUCGUGUCCGCCACAAGAAGUCCAGGGAGGAAAAACGUCUGGUCCGCAAGCAAGACAUGCUCAUUCUACCACUACUGUCGGGCAGUUUGUUCUUUGGCUACCUGGACCGAGGACAAAUCGGAAACGCCCGCGUAAUGGGUAUGCAAGUCGACCUUCGUUUGACCAGCCAGCAGUUCUACAACUGUGUCAUGAUGUUCUGUACGGCUCCCCUGCUGAUCCCAAAAGUCCUCGGCUACAUGGUGCUGGAACUACCUGCGGGUCUCCUGCUCCGAAUAUGUCCCCCACGCUUCGUCCUCGGUGUGAACGCGGUGUUGUUUGGCAUCUUUGCGUGCGCCAUGGCAUCAGCAAAAUCGUAUGCAUCAGUCAUGGUUCUCCGUGUCUUGAUUGGCUUUGCGGAGGCUUUUGUCAAUAACGCAUAUCUGUACAUCAGUCUCUGGUAUAGGCCGAACGAACUGUCAACUCGAACGGCGGCCAUCUACGGAAUGAGUCCAGUUGCUGGAGCUAUUAGUGGCAUCAUCUCCUGGGGCUUAGAGAAGCACGUGGAUAAAGUGCUGGGCUUCGACUCAUGGCAAUGGUUGUUCAUUAUUGAGGGCGCCAUCACAAUAUUCUGGGGCUUGAUCGUUAUUGCCCUUCUUCCCGGUCUCCCAGACACAGUCAUCCAGAAAGGCAACUUCUUUUUCCGACAUGAGGACGAACGUAAGAUGAUCUCUGCAAGAAUGGUCGCAAGUCAAAAUACUGAAGGAUCAAGAGCUCGAUAUCACCAGAUUCUUAUUGCACUCAAAGACCCGAAGAUGUAUCUAGGUUCAGCCAUCAUCGGCGCUCAAGGGAUUGGUAUCGGUGCCUUUUCAGUCUUCCUCCCCACAUUCAUCAAGGAGUUUGGAUUCUCGGCAUUGGACACUCAGCUAUAUUCGAUGAUUCCCUACGCUUUUGGGCUACUCACCCUGAUUACCGUCCCUUACACAUCCGACCGCCUCAACCGGAAGUUCCCCAUACUGCUUGGUUGUCUCUGCACAAGCAUCACAGGAUUCGUCAUCCUCCUCUCAACGACGAACAAAGUCGCCCUCGUUGCUGGCGCAUGCUUUGUUCUCGCAGGAGCAUACCCUGGCCUGGCGAUCAGUGUUGCCUGGUCUUUCACAUUCCACGGCGGCUACACCAAGCGCGUGACCACCACUUGGGCCUCUCAGAUCUUCAUCCAAUGCGAGAGCAUCAUCGCCACGCAGGUGUACGACCAUCCUCCGCGGUUCUUUAAGGGUCACGGCGUCGCACUGGGCUUUUACAUUCUGGCGGCCAUUUGUACUGUGAUCGUGUAUUUCAUGCUUUCACGUGCCAAUGCCGACCGAGACCGUCGUGCCGAAGAGCUGGUGCAGAGUGGUCAGAUUGACGACAGUGCUGACAAGACGUUUGAAGAUCUGUGUGACUUCCAUCCUCGAUGGCGAUAUGCUCUGUGA